GUUUGGUCUGUAGCAAUGGCUUCAGGAACAGCGCUGAUCUACGAUGAGGAGAUGACCACUCAUAAACUACUUUGGAGUGAUCCUGCUUGCGAUAUUGAAGUGCCAGAAAGACUGUCAUCCUCCUAUGAGCAGCUUAAAUGUUACCAUCUUGUGGAAAGGUGUGUCCACGUGCCUGUCAGAGAAGGAAGCGAGGAGGAGAUCCUGUUGGUUCACAGUUCAGAAUACUUGGAAGUGGCAAAAAGCACCCAGACAAUGAACGAAGAGGAACUGAAAAGAAUCUCUGGAAAUUAUGAUGCUUUUUUCUUUCAUCCGAACACUUACCGGUGUGCCAGACUAGCAGUAGGAGCAACUUUGCAGCUGGUGGAUGCUGUGAUGUCAGGAAAAGUGUGCAAUGGAAUGGCAUUAGUAAGACCUCCAGGUCACCACAGCCAGAGAAAUGCAGCUAAUGGGUUUUGUUUGUUCAACAAUGUUGCUAUUGCAGCAGAAUAUGCAAAACUGAAAUAUGGUCUACAGAGAAUCCUAAUUGUUGACUGGGAUGUGCACCACGGGCAAGGAACUCAAUAUAUAUUUGAAGAGGAUCCAAGUGUUUUGUAUUUUUCCUGGCAUCGCUAUGAGCAUCAGGAAUUCUGGCCGUCACUCAAAGAAUCUGAUUAUGAUGCUGUGGGUCUGGGAAGAGGAAAAGGUUUUAACAUAAAUUUGCCUUGGAAUAAGGUUGGGAUGGGAAAUUCAGAUUAUCUUGCUGCAUUUUUCCAUGUGUUGCUUCCAAUGGCUUUUGAGUUUGAUCCUGAACUGGUUCUUGUCUCCUCUGGAUACGAUUCUGGAAUUGGAGACCCUGAAGGUCAGAUGAAUGCCACUCCUGAGGUUUUUGCCCACCUUACCCAUUUCCUGAUGCAGUUAGCUAAUGGAAAGCUGUGUGUCAUCCUAGAGGGUGGAUACCACUUAAAGUCAUUGUCUGAAUCAGUCUGCAUGACUGUAAAAACUUUACUUGGAGAUCCUGUACCUCAAAUAACUGGAGAAAUGGCACCUUGCCUAAGUGCUGUUGAAUCUAUUCAAAAUGUGAGAGCAGCACAUAAACCCUACUGGAAAUGGUUGAUGUAUGAAGACACAUCAUUUUUACAAAAUCUGAGCACCAAAUCACACCUACUACAGAAGGCCUCCACAGAACAGGAAUCUAAGAUGACUAACAACAAUGAAGCUAUCGAAGUAGAAAGGUUUUUGGAACGGCACAUGAAAAAUAUUCUGUUUCCAGUGCCUCCCAUCAAAACAGCAACAACAACUGACGCUAAAAGUUCAGCACAUUUGUUCCCUGUACCUGUUCAGUUGGUGAAGGAAAUGGACAAAACUGAAAUAAAAGCUCUUGUCAGUGGCUUUUACGCAGACCUUGUGAAAGAGGACAAAACUUUGCUCUCUCUUGGCAGUAUGUUGGCCAUUCUAGAUAAAAUACUUAAGAAGGAGGUAUGCAAUGGAAUUGCAGGAUCGCCCACAGCUGCUGUUUCUGUUGCUGUUGCACUAAGACAUACUGUUCGUUUUGGAUUUGAAAGAGUGCUUUGUAUAUUUGUUGGAGACAUGCAGAACAUACAGAACACAGAAGAUGGAAAAAUACUCGUGAUACAUAUUUGUGAGAAAGAACAGUCUGGAAAGACGAGCUCCAAACACUACAUUUCUCUAAGCUGGAAAGAGGAUGCUGAAGGAAAUGACUUCUUUUCGGCUGUACUUGGAUUCAUUCUUCCUGUAGCAUAUAGUUACCAACCUAACUUGACAGUAAUAGCUGUUGGACCAAACAGGAGCCUUGGAAUAAGUGGAAUUUCUCUGCUUUUUGCUUUACUACAAGGAUUAGCCGAUUCUCGAAUUUUUGCAGUGAUUGAGGACACAGACGUAAAUUUAAUGCAAAGUGUAGCCAAAACAUUAGUGGGUGCUUCUACACCUCACUUUGGAGUUUAUGUACCUCCCACCGAAGAAAAAGUAAAUAAAAUAAAAACAUUAAGAUACCAUGAAGGAUGGGAUUUCAAGAAAUUGACUUCAGAAUCAUUUUACACUGCAGAAGAAAAUGUGUUGCUGUUCAUGUUGCCUUUUAAAUCACCAGGAAAAGAGAUGGUUGAUCUCUAA